AAAGGUCCGACAAUCGCUUCAUAGUCAUUCAUUUCGAAAACCUACAUCAACAUGAAAGCGUGUCAAGUUUUACUUCUUUUGGGACUCGUAGCCCUCGCCGCAGCCUCCCCGCAGAGGUCCGAUCGGGACCGUGAUCGUGAUGGCGAUGGAAGGCGUGGUGGUGGUCCACGGAGAGGAGGACCCAGAGACCGGGACGAAGAGAGAGAAGAUGACGGAGAGUGCCGCGAGGCUAAGCUCGAUUCUAAACGCGGCAAUUGCCGCAAGGCUGUCGUGAUUGUGGAUGAGGCCACUGAGUGCGCUGACGCCACUGGUCCCGUUGAAUUUCUGUCGCCGCAAGAAAUCUGCCAGGAUAACUCCGGACAAAAUGUGUACGUGUGCAAAAUCAAAGGUCGCCGUGAGGUGAUGGACUUGGUUGAAUCGUUCCUUGAGGAUAAAUUGGGGGAUGAAGCUGGCCGAAGGGAGAUCCGUGACGAGCUGUGCAACGAGAGUGCUGAUUUCUCAGACCUGGAUUUGUCAUCAUUGCAGAUCGAGGAAGGAACUUCCAAGAGAUGUAUGAUAUGUCCUUAAAUUGUCAUAUUGGUGCUAAUAUACCAAAAUUCAGAAAUGUGGAAAAAUAAAUCAACUUCAAUAUUGUUUUAA